AUGCGCUACACCUUUCUUCUCUACUCCGACCCCGCCGACUUCGCCGACAUGACCCAGGAGGACUGGGCCGCCAUGCAGGAGGUCUAUGGCGCCUAUAUCGGCGCGCUCAAGGAGGCUGGCGUCUUCGUCGACACGGACUGGCUGCAGCCGGUCGAGACCGCAACGACGCUGAGCCUUAAGACCGGCAGCAGGACGGUGCAGGACGGCCCGUUCGCCGACACCAAGGAGACGCUGGGCGGCUAUUUCGUCAUCGACGUGCCCGAUCUGGACGUCGCCAUGGCCUGGGCAGAAAAAUGCCCCGCCGCCAAGGCCGGCAAGGCGGCCCGCGCCGCCGAAAGCGCGGCGCGGGCAUCCUACGGAAAGCUGAUCGCCAUCCUCGCCAAGCGCAGCGGCGACAUUGCCGGCGCCGAGGACGCGCUGGCCGAUGCCUUCGCCAAGGCCCUGAAACGCUGGCCGGAGACCGGCGUGCCGGACAACCCCGAAGCCUGGCUUCUGACCGCGGCGCGCAACCGGAUGACGGACACGCAAAGACGGCGCGCGCGCUUUCCCGAAACGGACGCGAUCCCCGACAUGGCAGACAGCGCGACGACAGCCGAAACGAUGCCCGACGAGCGGCUUUCGCUGAUGAUGGUCUGCGCCCAUCCGGCGCUGCCGGAGGACCUGCACACGCCGCUGAUGCUGCAGACCGUGCUCGGCGUCGAGGCGGCCGACAUCGCCCGCGCCUUCGUCGUCACGCCGUCGGCCAUGGCGCAGCGCCUGGUUCGCGCCAAGCGCAAGAUCAGGGAUGCGCGCAUCCCCGUUCAGAUGCCGGACGAAACCGACCUGCCCGAAAGGCUGGGCGCGGUGCGCGAGGCCAUCUAUGCCGCCCAUGCGCUGGACUGGCUGGCACCGAGCGAUGCGCUGGGCCAGGAGGCGCUUUAUCUCGCCGACCUGUUGCGUCAUCUGGCGCCGGACGACGCGGAGGCGCACGGGCUUGCCGCGCUGAUCGCCUUCGGCCACGCGCGGCGCCACGCGCGCAUCAGGGACGGUAUGCUGGUGCCGCUCGACGAGCAGGACGCAACGCUGUGGGACGGGCGUCUGAUCGUCUACGGCCAGACGGCGCUCGCAGCGGCCCAUGCACGCGCCGCGCCCGGCCGGUUCCAGAUCGAGGCGGCGAUUCAGGGCCUGCAUCUGGACCGCGCCAAGACCGGCAGGAUCGACUGGCUGGCGCUGGACAAGCUCUAUUUCGGCCUUGGCCGGAUCGCGCCCUCGCUCGGCGCGGCGGUCGCCCACGCCAUCGUCAUCGCUGAACGGCACGGGCCGCCGGCCGGGCUCGACGCAUUGUCGCGGCUCGACGAAAAGGCGACGCGCGCCUUCCAGCCCUUCUGGGCCGCGCGCGGCGCGCUUCUGGCCGACCUGGGCGAUAUUGCCGGCGCCAUCGAAGCCUAUGAGAAAGCCGUUUCGCUGUCCGUCGAACCGCCGCUCAGGCGCUAUUUGGACCGGAGGAUCGAGAGCAUGCGCGCCGGCGGCCGGCCCGCGGCGAAAGCGGGGGAUGCACGACCGGAGUAG